UUUAAAAUUGUUUUGGGGACAAAUCACAGCCAUCCUCAGCCACAGGCUGCUGACAGAGAAUCGAUUUGAUUUCAUGUCACAUUGAAACCAGUAGUUCUCAAGGUAGGGGGUGUGUCCCAGAGCUAUUGCAGGGAGAGCAGCAUGUCAAGAACGGUUUAAAAUAUUUCCAAUUUAGGAAUUUCUGUAUUUGUCAUACAGUAAAAAUUGACUUAUUUGUAUGUUUGGAAAAAUAUUAAUGUAGAUUUGAAGCACUUAUUAAAGCUAUGAAUGUACCAUGAGGGUGUUGGAAACUGGACGAUAGUCCUAUUUACACAAGGGGGCACUGCUGAAAAAGAGUUACACUAAACUGAUCUCUGGACCUACAGUUAGUUCAAUCACAGUGACCAGACAUAAUGACACGUAUACAACAGCAUCACUCGGAUAACUUUCAGGUACUGUAUACAAGUACGUACUGUAUAUUAAGCUUGAUGAGUCAGUGCGAUGAAGAGGAGGAGGUUCACAGAGACGUCAGACACAGUGGUGUCUGCUGUGCCUCCCACAAUGUUUUUCUAAAAUUAUGGUUAUUAUUGGUUGGAAUUGCUUUUGUCGGAAAGAGCAAUUUGUCAACAUCAACAGGACAUUUCAAUUUUUCUCGCUGUCAUCAUAAAACUGUUUGCUGGUGAUUUUUAGUGAGGCAGUUUUUUUACUCAGUGGCACGCAGAAUGAUUUUGCAAUGGGCACAGAAGGCAAAGCUGAUGCUACCAAAAUGUAGACUUAUGGAUAGGUUUUAUACACACGCACACACACACAAGACAGUUUCACAAAUGAAAUAUUGCAGCUGUGGCUGAGUCAAAGAGGAUCAGUGGACAGAUAAAGUCCCCCAUAACCCAAUGGCAUUCCAUCUAAUCACACGACUCUGCUGACAAGGACUUUUGUCCAAUAUCCUCAACAAUAUGACCUGAAUAAUGUGUUGCUGAAUAACUGCUAUAUUUUGAUCCACUCACAAGACUUUGGCCAAAUAUUCAUUGCUGUGUUUGACCCAUCAAUGACCUGUGUUGUCAUUAACUUGCAAAGAUCAUAACAUCAUCGUUCAACUAAGAAUUACCAUUUUGAGCCCAUUCAAUAAUCCAGGGUUAUGUCGGCACAUAUUGCAAAAUGGUAACAAAUCAUUCAACUGCUUUAUUGUGCUGUUCCAGCUCGUCAGGUGCCGCUUAUUAUAUAACCAAUGUGCUGAAACCAGUCCAAAUUUAACAGUCAUUGUCUUUGUUACACAUGAUACAUAUGAUUACUGCAAAGUCUUUAGAUUCCCAAAGUGGGGGGUGGGCCCCCCUUGAGGGACAUUUUUGCAGGAGAAGUACAGCAUAGAAAAAGUUUCUGAGACCUUCCACAUGUUUCAGUUUUACUCAUACAGCUUUUUGGGCAACACUUGUAUUUUUUACUUUUUUUUUUUUUUACUGUGCAACUGCAGAUCUAUUUACUGUUGCUCCAACAUUGCAGGAUUUUGGAAGAAUGACAGCAACAUGAUGUCACUGCAUGCAAGAUGUUUGUGAUUUAACUUCAGGGCGGAUCUUGUUGCACAUGCUUGCACGGUUUCUCCAAGGUUCACAUGCAACGUCACUUCUCCAGGGACGUGAUGAAUGUAGCAGAGCAGUGAAAAGGAGAUGGGAGAAGACGGAGUGGAUACAAAGGCUCUGUUUUUUAAAGGUUGCUGCCUGAAAGAUUUCAGAGUGAACAGCAGCGAAACAUGAAUCGAUGUAUGUGAAUUUAGAGAAUAUACAGAAAACGUUAUCUUGUGUAACUAACUAUUGUCAUUGCUAUUACAAUUAAAAGGCUAUUGCCUAAAAAUCAUAUUAUGUUAUAAUAAAACCUACUCACUCUUAAAAAAAUAAAUUAUUAGUCUGAUGGUCAAAUGGUCAGAACGUGUUGCAAAGCUGUAACUGUGAGAAAAAAUUAUGACUUUCACUGUUCAAUGGUUCAAAGAUUAAUAACAAAAUAAAAAAACACUUUCCUAUAAAAAAUUGGGAUGAUUAUAGAAAGAAAAAGGAACAUUUCACAAUCUUAAAAAACAGACAAACACAAGCCUUAAAACUCAGAUCUGAACACUUUCAGUUCACCAUUGAUCCUGCUCAUACAUAAACACGACAGUCGAGCCCUUGUGUCACGGGGGAGACACAGAGACAAGCUUUGUACAACUCUCCUGCUACGAGUCAGGUCCAGGAGUGUUAUGGAUGUUUGUGGUUUCAGGGGGAAUUAAUGAAUGGCUGAGUGAGGGACGUUGUACAGGAGCUCCUCUAAACCCACCAGCAGUAAAGCUGCUGUUGUGCUCAGGUGGUGCAUUUGUGAUGCAGGCAUGAGAACUACCAAGCUGUUGUAGGGAGAAAUGUGUUUUUGAUCUCUUCAACGCAUCAAACUUUGAAUCAAAUCUUCUAUUCUGUCCAUGUCAAAGUGUUUUUAUUUAGAAGAAGAAUAUCCAUGUCUUAUCAGAUCCUAUUUCAUGCAUAAAAUAAAUUAGGUAAAAUGAUAAAUGCAUGUAACUAAUUGACCGAGGAUUGUUUUUUAAAUAUACAGCAAUUUAAAUGGACUGAAGCAGUUUACAGUGGAACAUUGGCUAAAAGGCACGUAGACAGGAGCAGAAUCUGAUUCCUUUCACUUUUGGUAUGCUAAGCAAACUUGCCUAAACAAGCCUGGAGUUAUGUGCCUGUUGGAAAACAGAAUUUUUUCCCCCCACAUGGGUUGGUGCAUCACUAGUUCAAUGUGUUUCAUUAUUUUAUUUUUAAUUUUUGUUGGUUUCAUGACUGUUAUAUGUUGAAGCUGCAUUAUAGUGAAAAUCUGUUAGAAAUAGAAUUAAUUAGAUGGAGUGGUUAUUCCAUUAUCUGUUUGGUACUGUCACUCAGAAUGAUGCGGUCCAAGUUUCCAACUCCCUGCCAUAGACUUCUCCUACCAGACUUUUUUUUUCAUAGGGCCCAGGAGUCGAUGUCUGAUAACUGAAUCUGUUCUACAACACGAUAAACUUCAGCCAUCCAAAUUCGGACCAAACGUUUCAUGGAAAUCCAAACAGAAAUAUAUUAUUCAUCUCAUUCUGAAAGCAAAGGCAUAAUAAAACUCUGGCAGAGAGAAGUGUGUGAAACAGACUGAAGAGACAACUCUUGAAUUUCCCCGUGGGAGAUUCUUAAAGGAAAUUAAAACAUUUUCUAUCUAAAUAUUUUAAUUAAAAUGUUCAAUCAUCUUGUGUCUGUGGUUUGAAACAUUUUCACAGAUAAACAGAUCAGUAGGACGGCCAACACUCACAGGCACCCACACAUCACCAGGAUGAUACCAUAGCGAUGGAGGAGUCACAUAAGAGUAGAGUGCGCAGCUGGGGGCAGAUGGAGGUAUAAUAAUUGCUACACACUGGGACUGUUAUGCAAUUGUUUUUUCCCCUACAGCUGAUGUCAGCAAAGUCAUGUUAUCACUGAGGAAAACUGGCCAUGUUUAAUAAAUCUGCAUUUCUUCCCCUCAUUCUUUUAGUGGACGAUUCCUUGUCAUCACAUUUGUUAUCUUGGUAAUAUAUAUUUACUGUCUUCACAGUAUUUCUCAUGCAGCAGAGAUAAUCGCCUCGCCCAUGGUCACAUCAUCAUGUGGUUCACCUGGGAUUGAACCCCAGUCUUUUUUAUUAGACGGCAGCCUGCUUUGCCAACUGAACACAGCUGCUCAGUGGGCGGCUGGUUUCUGGUGCAGUAUUUGCCAAUGUCUCCUACCACCAAGCUCUUUUAGAAGGUGUUAAACAUGGGGCACAGUGUUGCCAUGACAUGUCAGUAGCAGGAAGUAGAUCUAAUCAGGCCAGAUACAGCAACACUGGCCCUGGUUGGUCGAUUCAGUUUGCCAAAUUAGUGCUGGCCAGACAGACAGAAACUUUGGUGAGUUGCCUUCUCACACCAGCCAUGAAAAGAUGAGCCUUUUGCCAAUUUCUACUUAUUUAAAAGACGAGAACACUGACUAGUUACAGAAAUAGUUUAUCUGUAGUUUUGCUGAAGGUUUUUUAAAGGUUUGUUGUAAUAGUAAUAAUAGAGUUUCUACAACUUUUCAGAGAAAUUUGUCAUUUAAAGUAAUUUAAAACAUCCUUUCAGCUGAAAAUAAUUACAUAAGACUAAGUAAGAUACACACUAAACCUGCAUCUAUUAAUCUCAGAGGUAUGGAGAGACGCCGAGAGAGGGUGAGAGAGAGAGAGAGAAAGAGAAAGAGAGGGGGAGAGGUCCGAGUCCCAUCUACAGUAAUCGGCUUAGGGGACUGUGUUAACAGACUGUCGACUGUGUCCAGAUCUUCCUUUCUGCUGUAGUUGUGUUUUUUAAAAAGUCUGCAUACGCGUGCAUGUGACAGCUAACCGGAUGAGCAGGCAGCCUCUUUCACUGCGUGGGACGUCCACGGCUCAGGUGGGCACAGUUAUGUCAACAGGUCCUGGAAGAUGACUGACGGCUGCUAGACUCUGUAGGGUAUCGGGGAUUAAGGGCAAUCCUUUGUUUUUAUCCACGGGAGAGGCUUCGCUUUGAGGGAGACAGAGAGACAGCGAGUCCCAUGUCCGCGCCUCGGCGCGUCAGGCUGCGCUCCAUCCCGAGGACAGUGCCUUAGGAUCGGGGGGUUAGAUGGUGCUUAUCACGGAUGACAGGGAUGGAGGAGGCGCCUCGUUGGUCCGGGUCAAACAGCUCCAUCAGCAGCAGCAAAAAGCUCAGGUCCACCCGGGCACAGCGGGGGAGCUGGUGUCCCACUCUGAUGAUGAGGACUGUCUGAGUUCGUGCGAAAAUGGAGUUGACUUGGAGGUCGGAGCAGAGCAGGAGGGCGCAGAGGAGGAUGAUCAGUUCGAAGAAGUUGACUUGGAGGACUUGGACGAGUGUCGGAGCAUCACUUCGGACGACUCCUUCUACCCUCCGAAUGAUGCAUUUGUGGACUGGUCCCCACCGAGCCCCGAAUCCCUGUCCUUUUUCCAAGCGUGCUGCACCAACAACGCAGCCAUCCUCCGAAUAAUGAUCCGGAAAGGAGUCAAGGAGGAGGAGGUGAAAGAGAGGGACAGGAACAACAGGAUAGGACUGCUGGUGGCCUGUUACCAAGGUUACGUGGACGUUGUCAUAGCCCUGUCUCAGUGUCCGUAUCUGGACGUCAACUGGCAGGACAGUGAAGGGAACACAGCUCUCAUCACUGCUGCUCAAGCAGGCCAUAUAACAAUCACCAAGAACUACUACCCUGGCUUGGACAUAGAGAGGAGAAACUGCCAUGGUUUCACCCCGUUGAUGAAGGCAGCCAUGCAGGGCAGGGUGGAGUGUGUACGUUCGCUCAUGAUGGCAGGGGCUUCCCUGAGUGCCAGAGACAGUGGUCGUCACCUGACUCCCAGAGAGUGGGCUUUAUUUACCGGCCGUUAUGAAACUGCCUGGGUGAUGAUGCGUUUGAUGGAACGGCCCAGUCCAAACCAGUGCUGUGAAACAUACAGUCUAGAGUGGCCACUGCUCGCACCACUCGUAGCCAAAGCUCGCGAGUCACGCGGCUGCCUGAAACGUCUGUCCAGCACCAUAAGACACGUCUUUAACAUUGCCAAUGUCACCAACCCUGAAGACAAAGGUGUGAUCGACCACAUGGUCUCCAUCACCACGGCCAUUAGGAGCCCAUUCCUCGCUGUUGUUUGUCAUACAGUGUGUCCAGACAGCCCCCCAAGAGUGGGAAAACGGCGCUAUGCAGUUCCUGAAAUCAUGCGCCAGCAGCGAGCCAAGAAUUUACGCACUGUGAAUAUUGACAUGUUGGAUGGCCACCAAAAACUCUUGGAAAACACCAGGGCCAAGAAUGUGGCAGAUCGCCGGGCCAGCCUCCAGGCUCAGAGCUUGGUGCGUCGACACAGGAGCCUGAGCCUGGGUGUUGUGGCCUACAAUGAAGCCGUGGAGCUGCGAAGAACCAGCCUGCUGCCGGUGCCUACGGCGAUGAGAAGAAGCAGCAUCAGGCCGGGUAUUAGCAUCCCCAAACUGAGGGUGUCCAAAGCUCCUACACCGACCUAUGAACCGGAAAGGAUCCGUAGAAGGAGCUCCAAAGAUGGAGGAGGGCACCUGCUGCAGAUCCCAAGGUGGAGAUACAAGGAGCUAAAGGAGGAGCGCAGGAAAGCGGAGGAGGCUGAGAGGAGGAGGCUGGAAGCUGUGACCAAAAGGCACAUUUCAACUGUGAAAAGAAACUGACAUUGUUUCCCUCAAGGGAUGAAAUGAUCUACAGAAAAAUGUGAUCUCACCAGGUCAUCAGGGUUCAACACAUCUGUGUUUUUUCUGCAAUCUUUGAAAUCCUUCACACUCAGGGUAAAAAGCACAGACAGUGUCGUUAGAGAACGCCAUUAGAUUUUAAAGUUGCGUUUAUCUGCUUCUUGACUGAAUAAACGAAACAUGAAGUCAGACUGGCUUUUUACAAAUGUCUUUUUGUCCUUUGUGAUAUCACACAGAGGUUUUGAUACAUGUUGGCUUCUCUCUUAACUCUUUGUUUAUAUAUAUAUAUAUAUAUAUAAAUAUAUAUAUAUAUAUAUAUAUAUAUUCUAAAAAUUCAAAUUCUAUUUUUGGACACAUUUUAGUGUUCCACACACUGGUGUUGUGGAAGGCAAUUACAUAAAACCAAAGCAGAAUGUGUUUGUUUUUUUGUUUUUUGUUUUUUUACAAAUAGAAUUAAGAUAAUAUUCACAGAAAGCUAGACAAAAGCUUUUAUAGAAAACAAUAUUUUGGAUACCUUUUAAAACAAAAAGCUUUGUAAAAACAAAUAUACUGACCUAUUAUACUUGUGUAUAUUUUGAUACUAGCAAUUAAAAUGUAUAUUGUUGACAAACUUUAUUUUUAAUUUAAUUUAGAGUUUUUAGAGUUUAAAAUAUGUUCUCUUGCUGAUAUUUGACUUUUUUAAUGUUUAAAAUGAUCUAUAACACUACUGUUUAUGCAUUUGGUGAUAUUUAUACUGAGCGGGAAGAAAGUUCAAAUUCUCAACUACACCGUUUACAUUCCUGAAAUUAUUAUAGAGUAUAAAUAUAAAAUAAUCAGAUUUCAUGCAAUGACAAUUUUUAGAUGUGUGUGUUUGGUGCAUUGAGAUGAGGAACCGAAUAAAAUGUUCUGCUAACACUAGCGAUCACUGUAAUUAAUGUUACGUCCAACAGAACAAAAAGAAUGUCUCACUUCACACAGCAGUAAUAAAACUACAGGGUCAUAUUACUUCACUGAAUCUCCAUAUUUUAAAGCAGAAAAAAAGAAGAAGAAAAAAACUGUGAGCGCCGACAAAAGGCUGCGAUAAAACACUGUAUGGAUUUGGAGAGGACAAUUUCACGGUCCUAACUCCUUCUGGUGAUUGCGGUUGAAGUGCCAUCUGAGAAUGAGCGACUAAUAUAAAUGGUGAUGAGCUGCUAAGGGGUUGUAAGGGCAUCGCGUGGCUAAAUUGUUUCUUCAAAUAAACUUCAUUGACUUCAGAGUGGCAAUCUGCUCAGAUACUCCCCAGAGGAAGUCAUUUGAACACAACAAAGGAUGAACAAUGGGCACAUUUAUUUAACUCUGCCCAAGUGGCUGCAGCAUUAACAUAUUUAACAUUAACACGAAGAGGUUCUUCACAGUUGUCUGUUUCACAGUCUUUUUUUUUUUUUUGAUUGAGCUGUUGUAGGUUUGCUAAACGUAUACGUUUAUUUGCUUCAUCCAGGAGUC